UCCAAAAGGAGCACAGAAACACUCGCGAGCGAGGAAAGAGACCAGUAAAAAGAAACUGGCUAACCAUAAUGGUGCUCCAAGCAGCAGCAACAUCCCUGGUGGCAUCUCUGCAGUCACCAUGGAGCGUGCUCUGCGGUGCCGCCGCCCUGCUCGUCAUAUGGGCGGCCGCCCUGGCGGCGGAGAGCUACUGGCUGAGGCCCCGGCGGCUCGGCCGGGCGCUCCGGGCGCAGGGUCUCGGCGGCACGUCGUACCGCUUCCCCGCCGGGGACUCCGCCGAGAACGCCCGGCAGAGCCUGGAGGCGCUGUCCAAGCCCAUGCCACCGUCGUGCCACGACGUCCUUCCCCGCGUGAUGCCGCACCUCCACAACACUGUCAAGGAACACGGUGAAGUUUGCGUCACCUGGGACGGCCCGGACCCCAAGGUUGUCAUCGCAAAGCCAGAGCUGGUGACCGAGAUCCUGUCCAGCAACUCUGGCCACUUCGAGAAACUCAGGACCAAUCUUGGAGACCUGGUAUGCCGCGGGGUCGGGUCCUACGACGGCGAGAAAUGGGCGAGGCACAGGCGGAUUCUCAACCCCGCUUUCCAUCUCGAAAAGCUCAAGGCCAUGUUCCCGGCUUUCUCCACGUGCUGCACCGAGCUGGUGGACAGAUGGGAGAGUAAACUGCUAGCUGCAGGUUCUGAGGGGUCGGUCGAACUCGACGUCUCCCAGGAGUUCCCGGUCCUCACCGGAGACGUGAUCACCCGAACAUCGUUCGGAAGCAGCUUCACCGAAGGACGAAGGAUCUUCGAGCUUCAAGUAGACCAGGCAAAGAGACUUAUGAAGCUCCUCCAGUAUUUGUACAUCCCGGGCUUCUUGUCCUUCCUUACUGAAAACAACAGGAGGAUGUGGGAGAACAAGCGGGAGAUAGAGGGGCUCGUGAGAGGGGUCGUCGAGAAGAGGGAGCGUGCGAUGGACAAGGACGGGGCCAUUGGCAACGACAUGCUUGGCCUGAUGCUACAGUCCAACAGGUCAUCCAAUUCCGACUUGCGGAUGAGCACUCAGGACGUCAUCCAGGAGUGCAAGCUCUUCUACUUCGCGGGAAUGGAGUCCACGCAGCAGCUACUCACAUGGACAGUCGUCAUGCUACGCAUGUACCCCGAGUGGCAAGACCGGGCGAGGGAGGAGGUUCUGGGCGUCUUCGGCAGGGACGGCAAGCCCGGCUUCGACGGCCUAAAUCGACUCAAAACGGCAAGUGCAUCGUCGAAAGUUUGCCUCAGACUAAACAUUCGAUUGCUCUCGUUGCCAGUACAUAUGAUGAUUUAUACCAAAUUUUCCUACAUAUAUAUCCAGAUGACGAUGAUACUGUACGAGGUGCUCAGGCUGUACACGCCGGUGGUCACCAUGAACCGGAAAAUAAGCAAAGAGAUGCAGAUCGGGGGCGUCACCUACCCUGCCGGGACAGUCCUCGAGCUGCCCUUCCUCAUGGUUCACCACAACCCGGACGUGUGGGGGGAAGACGUGUCCGAGUUCAAGCCGCAGAGGUUCGCGGAGGGGAUCUCCAAGGCGACCAAGAAUGGCCAGGUGGGCUUCUUCCCGUUCGGCUGGGGGCCGAGGAUCUGCAUAGGCAAUAACUUCGCCAUGCUCGAGGCCAAGAUGGCGGUGAGCAUGAUCCUUCAGCGUUUCGAGUUCCGGCUCUCGCCUUCUUACGCCCAUGCGCCCUGCACCGUGAUAACGCUGCAUCCUCAGCAUGGCGCGCAAAUUAUGCUCAAGAGUCUCUGAUGAUGGGCCAGUCCGGCCGGCAUCUUUGUUUUGUUAGCAUGUCCUUACUUGAAACUCCGAAUAAAAAAGAUAUGUGCCUGGCAAUCCUUACA